AUGGACAAAAUCAGAGAAAAGCUAAGCAACUUGAAGUUAGAGGCCGAAUCAUGGCAGGAGAAGUACGAGGAGUUGAAAGAGAAGAACAAGGACUUGGAGCAAGACAACGUCGAAAAGGAGAACCAAGUCAAGUCUUUGACAGUCAAGAACCAGCAAUUGGAGGAUGAGAUUGAGAAGCUGGAAGCAGGCCUUUCUGACUCUAAGCAGACAGAACAGGAUAACGUUGAAAAAGAAAAUCAAAUCAAGUCCUUGACGGUGAAGAACCACCAAUUAGAGGAAGAGAUCGAGAAGUUGGAAGCGGAAUUGGCCGAAUCUAAGCAACUGUCUGAGGACUCUCAUCACUUGCAGUCCAACAAUGACAAUUUCUCCAAGAAGAACCAGCAAUUGGAGGAAGACUUGGAAGAAAGCGACACCAAGCUAAAGGAAACUACUGAGAAGUUAAGAGAGUCCGAUUUGAAGGCUGAUCAAUUGGAGAGGAGAGCUGCUGCCUUGGAAGAACAAAGAGAAGAAUGGGAAAGGAAGAACGAGGAAUUGACCGUCAAAUACGAAGAGGCAAAGAAGGAACUGGACGAAAUUGCUGCAUCUCUGGAAAACUUGUGA